CUCUCUUCAACCCCCCAACAACCAUCACAACCCCCCGCCUUCCCAGACCAGGACCCAGACCACGAAUAUGAAUCCUUAGCCGUCGGGGAAAAACCACACGCAUACUAUAGUCCUCACAAACCGAAACGGCUCUGGCCCCCUGAUAUGUCCAAGCUCUCGCCCAAACACCAGUUCCGUCUCGAACGCAAAUACCGUCGCCGCGCCGCCUUGAAAUACGCCCGUCCGAAAUGGAUGAAGGCGACAAAGCUCGCGCAGUGGUGGGUGAUAGGAUUCAUCCUCGUUUACGCUGUUCUCUUCAUGGAGUGGGAUGCAAAGGGGGGGCCGUUCGACGAGAUCCGGGAUUCCAUCUUCGCAGGCUUCAAGGCUGUGUUUUCGACGCCUCCACCUCCAGCACCGACGAGGAGG